CGCCGCGCUUCCCGGUGUCACCCGCAGAGGGCGCCGGCCGCCACGCCGCGCGCAGAGUCGCGAGGCCGGAAGAGCGCGGCGCCGCCCGACUCGCCGCAGCCGCCGCCAUGAAAGCCGUGGUGCAGCGCGUCACCCGGGCCAGCGUCACAGUUGGAGGAGAGCAAAUAAGUGCUAUUGGACGGGGCAUCUGUGUGUUGCUGGGUAUUUCUCUGGAAGAUACACAGAAGGAACUGGAACACAUGGUCAGAAAGAUUUUAAACCUGCGCGUGUUUGAGGAUGAAAGUGGGAAGCACUGGUCGAAGAGUGUGAUGGACAAACAGUACGAGGUGCUGUGCAUCAGCCAGUUCACACUCCAGUGUGUCCUCAAGGGGAACAAGCCUGACUUCCACCUGGCAAUGCCCACGGAACAGGCAGAGAGCUUCUACAACAGCUUCCUGGAGCAGCUGCGGAAGACGUACAGGCCGGAGCUCAUCAAAGAUGGCAAGUUUGGUACCUACAUGCAAGUCCACAUUCAGAAUGAUGGACCUGUGACCAUAGAAUUGGAGUCCCCGGCUCCUGGCGCUGCUACCUCUGACCCAAAGCAGUCCAGCUGUAUCAUUGGGGACCAUACUCAUUCCUCAUCGGCACAAUCUGAAGGCUACACUGUUGAGAGCAGAAUAAGAGACAUCAUACAGUUGUCAAAGCUUGAAAAACAGCAGCAGAGGAAAGAAAAGACCAGAGCCAAGGGGCCUUCUGAAUCAAGCAAAGAAAGAAACGCCCCCCGAAAAGAAGACCGCAGUGCCAGCAGUGGGGCAGAGGGUGACGUGUCUUCUGAACGGGAGCCGUAGACUUAGGGAUGAAACUCAGUGCAUUAUCAUUGGGCGGAACUGGAUCCUGAAAAAUUCAUGAAAGAUGCUAAGUACCUACACUGCUUUAAGAAUUUGGAACUGAGUCAUGAAAAGGAAGACAGAAGUAAGAAAUUGGGAACCUGAGUAGCCCUGCAAAAACAAAAAAGAAUAAAACAAAACAACACCAAAGGAACAUUACCAUUUUCUGUUGUUGCUGUGGUCUAAUAGAGAAAGUGGGUGUUGGAGGUACGGGGGAGUGCACCUCAUGCACAUGGCAGCAGGGCAUAUACCCAUGCUUUCCCCAUGAAAAGACUCUGCUGGUUCCUAUGAUUUCUUGGCUCUCUUUUGAAACAGGCUGGCCCAACAUCACUUGACACUGAGUCCUCCUUUCACAUGUGUCCAUGAUGGGUCUCAACUGCAUCCAUGUUCUUCCCAGUACUGGCUAAGCCAGGCCCCGUGUUAAGGUGUAAAGAGAACAAACAUCAGUGAUAAUGUAUUGUGUAAGACCUUUGCAUCUUGUAAAUUUUGUCAUUUUUCUAAAAAGAAAUAAUAAAAUCCUAGACCUCAACAAACCACUUUAUUAUUAAACAGA